AUAAUCAUCCUUCAUAGCUCAUCAUUCUUCAAUCUCUGUUUGCUCAAUCCAAUUCUUUUUCUUAUUCCACUGGGUAGGAUGAACAAGAGGCCUAUAACCGCCGUCUACAAGGCCAUUCCUGAUCUCUGUCAUCGAGAACUCGGCCAUCUACCGCCCAGAAAUUUCGCUCAUCGACUUGGCGCCUCCGAGGAUCUUGUCCUUCGACUUGAUGUGCUCAGGAAACUGCAGAAGCACAGAGGUUGUGUCAACACUGUCAGCUUCAAUACUGAUGGGGACAUUCUGGUGUCCGGUUCUGAUGAUUUUAGGGUUAUUCUCUGGGACUGGGAAACUGGCCGUAUCAAGCUCUCUUUACAUUCCGGUCACAAUAACAAUGUUUUCCAGGCCAAGAUCAUGCCUCACUCUGAGGAUCGAAGCAUUGUCACCUGUGCAGCUGAUGGACAGGUUAGACAUGCUAAAAUUCUUGAAAAUGGAGGAGUGGAAACUAAGUUUCUGGCCAAGCAUCAAGGAAGGGCUCAUAAAUUGGCUAUUGAACCCGGUAGCCCUCAUAUAUUUUAUACAUGUGGUGAAGAUGGAUUAGUACAGCAUUUUGAUCUGAGAACUGGGGUCGCAACAGAACUUUUUACAUGCCAGCCAAUCCAGGAUAGAUGGAACUAUAUGCCAGUCAUCCAUCUUAAUGCUAUUGCAAUUGAUCCAAGGAACCCAAAUCUCUUUGCCGUUGCUGGGACUGAUGAAUAUACUAGACUCUAUGAUAUUCGCAAGUAUAAAUGGGAUGGAUCUACAGAUUUUGGUCAACCAACCGACUUCUUUUGUCCUCCUCACUUGAUUGGUGAAGAGCGGGUUGGAAUAACAGGCUUGGCAUUUUCUGAACAAAGAGAGCUGCUUGUGUCAUACAAUGACGAGUUUAUUUACCUUUUUACCCAAGAUAUGGGUUUGGGACCCGACCAUGAACCUGGGUUUCCUAAAUCUAUGAACUGUGAUGCAGGUGAACUUGGAUUUAGUCAUGGAUCUGUGUGGUCUCAAUCCAACAUGGAUGGCGAUGAAAAAAUCACCCCACAAGUAUUUAAGGGACACAGGAAUUGUGACACAGUUAAGGGUGUCAACUUUUUUGGACCCAACUGUGAGUAUGUGGUGAGUGGGUCGGACUGUGGUCGUAUUUUUGUAUGGAAAAAGAAGAGUGGUCAGCUUAUUCGUGUCAUGGAAGCAGAUAAGCAUGUUGUGAAUUGCAUUGAGUCCCAUCCUCAUACAAUGGUUCUUGCAAGCAGUGGUAUUGAGCAUGACAUCAAGAUAUGGACUCCAAAGGCCCUUGAGAAAGCUACUCUGCCCAAAAUUAUUCAACAGGAAGUCAUAGUUGUGUGGGCAAUAAAUCUCUGGAUGGGAAGGCAUGAGAAAAUAUGA